AUGCGUUCUGUCGUUCUUUUUCGUGUGGCCUUUGGCCUGUUGGCCGUUGACUUUGUGACUGCGAGCCCUUGCAAGCCGAUCUCAAUCGCAACUUCAUCCGCUGCAACUUCAGAUGUGCCUACUGAGACAUCAUUGGUCUCAUCAAUUGAAUCCGCAACAACGAUCGAUACUGCAACGUCGGUUGCGUCUGUCACUUCCGCUGCUGCUUCUGAUUCAUCGGUCGAGACAAGUGAGACAUCACUCGCCCUAGAAACCUCAGCAACCUCCAAUACCAUCGAGGUCAUCACCACCACGGCUGCCUCAACGACUGAAACGACAUCAGCUCAGCCCGUGCCCACUUUCACCGUCCUUGCUACCGGCCAGGGUCCCAUGGCAGGCAGAGGUCUACAAACGUACCCGUACGACAACGCCAUGGUUGCUUUUGAUGCCCCUCCUGGCGGCAAUCCCGCUUUGAACGCACAAGUACUGCCUUUCACUAUCGACUCGCAAGGUAGACUUGUCGAUGGAAAAGACUUUUUCCUCUGUGGAUACUACAGUCCGUCGAAUUUCUUGCUCGAUGCUCCUGCCGUUGUGACAACCUGUCAAGAAGAGACACCGCUGCAGCGAGUCUUCCUGAACUGCAGGCUGAAUGCUGAACUCAAGGUCCAGUGUUCAAUCCCGGCCGUCAAGUGCGUGUCUACAGGCGAUGCUCCGUGGGACUUUCCAGCUUGUUCGGCGGCGGCUGGUACUUGGAGUGUGUUUUCCACAGCUAUCAAGGGUCCUGGCCAUGUCCUCCACAUUGGAAAUGACAAUAGUCCUGAUUGGUAUGACCGCCUUGACCUAAGUGCUCAGAAGGUGUAA